AUCCCACAGCCUACUGCGAGACUCCGGUGUACAAUCCGGAUCUCUGCCCCAACAUGAUCGCGGCCCAGGCCAAGCUGGUCUACCACCUGAAUAAGUACUACAACGAGAAAUGCCAAGCCAGGAAAGCUGCCAUUGCCAAAACUAUCCGGGAAGUCUGCAAAGUAGUCUCCGACGUGCUGAAGGAGGUGGAGGUGCAGGAGCCGCGCUUCAUCAGCUCUCUCAACGAGAUGGACAAUCGCUAUGAGGGCCUCGAGGUCAUCUCUCCCACCGAGUUCGAAGUGGUGCUCUAUCUGAACCAAAUGGGGGUGUUCAACUUCGUGGACGACGGCUCGCUGCCUGGCUGCGCGGUGCUGAAGCUGAGCGACGGGCGCAAAAGGAGCAUGUCCCUCUGGGUGGAGUUCAUCACCGCCUCCGGCUACCUCUCGGCGCGCAAGAUCCGGUCCAGGUUUCAGACGCUGGUAGCUCAGGCAGUAGACAAAUGUAGCUACCGGGAUGUGGUAAAGAUGGUGGCAGACACCAGCGAAGUGAAACUGAGAAUCCGAGAUAGGUACGUGGUGCAGAUCACACCAGCUUUUAAAUGCACCGGGAUCUGGCCGAGGAGUGCUGCCCACUGGCCGCUGCCCCACAUCCCCUGGCCGGGGCCCAACCGGGUGGCGGAGGUCAAAGCCGAAGGGUUCAAUCUCUUGUCCAAGGAGUGCCACUCCCUGGCCGGCAAGCAGAGCUCGGCCGAGAGCGACGCCUGGGUGCUGCAGUUCGCGGAAGCCGAGAACAGACUGCAGAUGGGGGGUUGCAGAAAGAAAUGCCUCUCCAUCCUCAAGACCUUACGGGAUCGGCACCUCGAACUGCCCGGCCAGCCCCUCAACAACUACCAUAUGAAGACUCUGGUUUCCUACGAGUGUGAAAAGCACCCCCGGGAGUCGGACUGGGACGAGUCUUGCCUCGGCGAUCGGCUGAAUGGGAUUUUGCUGCAACUCAUCUCCUGCCUGCAGUGCCGGCGGUGUCCCCACUACUUCCUACCCAACUUAGAUCUCUUUCAAGGCAAACCUCACUCGGCUCUGGAAAACGCUGCCAAACAAACGUGGCGACUGGCAAGAGAGAUCCUGACCAACCCGAAAAGUUUGGAAAAACUUUAG